GGGCGUCAAGAUCGCCACCCAAAGCAAACUUGCAUCGGUUGGCACCGACGCUCGUCGAAACCGUGCCACCGUACAACCACUGAUUGCGUGAUUUGCAUCCUUUUCCCCUUGGGGGGCCCGCUGUGACUCCCGCUAUGCGGGCUCCAUAAUACAGGAUGCCGCGAUGAUUGGCGACCGGCAUUGGUACAAACACAAAACAAACCUCCUCUGAAUGUCCAAGCACAGGUUGCACAUGCCUGAAACAACCGUAUACAUGCCAUCGCGAGCUCACUCAUUGGCCAGAACCAGAAGAAGGUAGACUGAGACAGAUGGAGAAUGACGGCAUGCGGGUGCGCCUUUUCAUGGCAACAACGGGUAUUAGCCCCCGCCCGACCAACGGACUGAUAGAUGCAAGAAGCAGCAGAGAGGAGGAUGCGAAAGCAUGACACACGAGGUAGCGUGUAAUGGCUGCGACAGGGACUACGAGAUGGAAGAAUCAACUAAUGACCUGAACGUCAUUGCAUGUUUCUCACCUGGAAGACAAGGACAACACCGUGCUGGGGCGCAUGUGACUUUGGCAGCCGCGGAGGAGUGCCUGCACCUAAGGACACACGUCCCUGUUGCAGCAACACUGCCAUGUGCAUCAUGCAGUGUUCAGAAGCUCCACCACUUGAAAUUAGAUGUCCCCUAAGAUGUGUGGAAGAGCGAGGCGAGGACAGGGACACGGAGGACUAGAGGAGGCGGCGUGGGGAGACUGCGCGGGGUGCCCAGAGAAAACAUGGACCCCGCUUGGGAUGCUGUAAACAAGAAGACGGUACAAGCCAUCAAAGUCAAGGAUAUGCCUGCAGGCUACGACUGGUGCUCACAAUUCCCGAAAGGGAUAAAGAGCAUUCGCAUUGACGCCUCAUGGGAAGACCCGGCACCCGUGCCACUCUGGGAAAGCAAGCGGACACGCCCGAAGCGCGAGGAGACGCUAAUCAUGCGAGAUGGUUGUUCUCCCCCAUCCCCAUAUCUGUCUGGCGCACGCUGCAGGAACGCGCGUUAUUUCAAUAGAUCAAUGCGCCGCGGGGUUAAAGGACUCACAUGGCACCCUCAUUAGGAAGCCUGCACACAUUAUGCGCAAUCGUCCUGAUCCCCCGACCCCCGCCCAUGGCGCGGGGCGCAGCCGUCGCCGCGAACGCGCAAAGGCGUGCAAUGAGGAGCCUGCUGCAGCACAACAGCACGCGCAUGAAUUUCCAAUCGCUCUUCGUGGAUGCUGCCCGUAUCACGAAGCAGCUCCUGGAAUCACCUGUCGACCCAUUGAACAAGUGGAAGCGCACUCCAGCACUUGCGGUCAACAGUGCAGGUUUUGACUUUGACGCCGAGGACAUGCCGCGUGGCCCCUCGGGUAGGAGGAGGAGGAAGAGGAGGGAGGAGGAGGAGGAGGGGGCAUACUGGCGCCCCACGACCAGUUGCGGAAACGCCGGCCCCGCCAGCAGCCCCGCCAGCAGAACCCGAAACGCAAGCGGACACGCCGCGACAAGGCAGGCGGCUUGCAGCUCGUGUAAACCCCGACUAUUUUACACCUCGCCCGCGCUUUUCUGCAGAUGUCACGCGGGGUGCUGGGGGUCACCGCGCGACGAUGGAAAUUCACGCUGGCGGGGAUGGGGGAGGAGGAGGCGCGGGGGACUCUGAUGACCGCGAGAGUCCACGGCCAGCAGAGGGGGCUCACAACGCGGCGAGCCACCGCCAGCUCCGCCCGCGGCGACAACUCAGUUUGCCUCGCAGGGCCCUUUGAGCCGCAGCCGUGGAGACGUGGACGCCAAGCGGCGAGGCGCACGGGGGACCCUUCCCCGCCGCCAGCGUUUCG